UCCCCCAAAAACCCAAAUCUGGUGGGAGGGAAGAAAAGAAAAGAACACACGUUAAGGAAACAUAGAAAACAAAAACAAUAACAAGAAAACAAGAAAACAACAGAAGAUUUUGAUUUCCACAGCAAAGAGGGCCUGAGCCAGAGAGAAAGAGAGAGGCUCAUUCUCUUGUUCCAUUUUCUUGGGUGCUUGUUGAAGGGUUUAAGCUUCUCCAUUUUUCUUUUUGCAUUUCUUUUUUUGAAGAUUUUUCUUUUUUGGUUGUUGGGCUGUUAGUGUAAAUCGAUCUUAGUUGCACCCAAGAAGGGAAAGGCAAAAGGGGAGGGAAGUUCUUCAUAUUCCCCCUCUUUUUUUGGGUUAUUGAAAUUGAAUGGUUAUUGUUGAAGGCUGCAGCAGUAGAUCGAAGAGCAACCCAAGAUUUUGAUCUGAUCAAUCUCGGCGGAAAUGGCUGCUGCAGUCAGUCUGGUGGUUGGAUCCCUUGUUUGGUUAGAAGAUCCUGAUGAAGCUUGGGUUGAUGGUGAAGUUACAGAGAUUAAAGGUGAAGAUAUUAAGGUCCUCUGCACAUCAGGAAAGACGGUUGAUAUUAAAGCUUCCAAUGUUUAUGCUAAAGAUGCUGAAGUCCCACCUUGUGGAGUGGAUGAUAUGACAAAACUGGCUUAUUUGCAUGAACCAGGAGUCUUGCAGAAUUUAAGAUCAAGAUAUGAUAUGAAUGAAAUCUAUACUUACACAGGGAAUAUAUUAAUUGCUGUGAAUCCUUUUAGAAAGUUGCCACAUCUCUAUGAUAGUCAUAUGAUGGCACAAUAUAAAGGUGCAGCCUUUGGAGAGCUGAGUCCACAUCCCUUUGCUAUUGCAGAUGAUGCAUACAGGCUAAUGAUCAAUGAAGGAGUAAGUCAGUCAAUUUUAGUUAGUGGUGAGAGUGGGGCUGGUAAAACAGAAAGCACAAAGUUGCUUAUGCGUUAUCUUGCCUACAUGGGAGGGAGAGCUGCUGCUGAAGGAAGAACUGUUGAGCAGCAAGUCCUGGAGUCAAAUCCUGUUUUAGAAGCAUUUGGUAAUGCCAAGACAGUUAGAAACAAUAACUCAAGUCGUUUUGGUAAGUUUGUGGAGAUUCAGUUUGAUCAGAGGGGAAUGAUUUCAGGAGCUGCUAUCAGAACUUAUUUGCUAGAAAGAUCACGUGUGUGCCAGGUGUCUGAUCCUGAGAGAAAUUAUCAUUGCUUCUACAUGCUUUGUGCUGCACCACCAGAGGAUCUUCAGAGAUUCAAAUUGGGAAACCCUAGAAUGUUUCAUUAUCUAAAUCAAUCAAAUUGCUAUGAAUUGGACGGUGUUGAUGAUUCUAAGGAGUACAUUGCAACAAGGAGGGCAAUGGAUAUUGUUGGAAUAAGUUCUGAUGAGCAGGAUGCCAUAUUUCGAGUUGUGGCUGCAAUUCUCCAUCUUGGAAAUAUUGAAUUUGCAAAAGGGAAGGAAAUAGACUCCUCUGUGCCUAAAGAUGAAAAGUCUUGGUUUCAUCUAAAAACUGCUGCUGAGCUUUUAAUGUGUGAUGUAAAGGCGCUAGAAGACUCUCUCUGCAAACGUGUAAUUGUAACUCGUGAUGAAACCAUUACGAAGUGGUUGGAUCCAGAAUCUGCUGCUGUUAGUAGAGAUGCACUGGCUAAAAUUGUGUAUUCAAGGUUGUUUGAUUGGCUUGUGGAUAAAAUUAAUAGUUCAAUUGGUCAAGACCCUGAGUCGAAGUUCUUGAUUGGCGUGCUGGAUAUUUAUGGAUUUGAGAGUUUCAAGACAAACAGUUUUGAGCAGUUUUGUAUCAAUUUGACAAACGAGAAACUUCAGCAACAUUUUAAUCAGCAUGUCUUCAAAAUGGAGCAAGAAGAAUAUACAAAAGAAGAAAUUGAUUGGAGCUACAUUGAUUUUGUUGAUAAUCAAGAUAUUCUUGAUCUAAUUGAGAAGAAACCUGGUGGCAUAAUUGCUCUCCUAGAUGAAGCAUGCAUGUUUCCAAGAUCAACACAUGAAACUUUUGCCCAAAAGUUGUACCAGACAUUUAAAAAUCAUAAACGGUUCAGCAAGCCAAAAUUAGCUCGAAGUGACUUCACAAUUUGCCAUUAUGCUGGUGAUGUUACAUAUCAAACUGAACUGUUUCUGGACAAGAACAAGGACUAUGUUGUUGCUGAACAUCAGGCACUCUUAAGUGCUUCAGAGUGUUCUUUUGUUUCUGGAUUAUUUCCAGUUUUAGCCGAAGAAUCAUCUAAACAGUCAAAGUUCUCUUCAAUAGGUUCUCGGUUUAAGCAACAACUACAACAAUUACUUGAAACUCUCAGUUCAACUGAGCCACAUUACAUUCGCUGUGUAAAGCCCAACAAUCUUCUUAAGCCAGCAAUUUUUGAGAAUAAAAAUGUUCUUCAACAAUUACGAUGUGGGGGAGUUAUGGAGGCAAUUAGAAUUAGUUGUGCGGGAUACCCUACUAGAAAGCCAUUUUAUGAAUUUCUGGACCGAUUUAGCAUUCUUGCACAGGAAGUUUUGGAUGGGAGUUCUGAUGAAGUUACUGCAUGCAAGAGGCUUCUGGAGAAAGUGGGACUCAAAGGCUAUCAGAUUGGCAAAACAAAAGUGUUCCUUAGGGCUGGUCAAAUGGCUGAACUGGAUGCUCGAAGAAGUGAGAUGUUAGGAAGAUCAGCUAGCAUUAUUCAGAGGAAAGUGCGGUCAUAUUUGUCUCGCAGAAGUUUCAUCAUGGUCCGUCAGUCUGCAAUACAGAUUCAAGCAGCAUGCAGAGGACAACUUGCUCGGCAAGUUUAUGAGAACAUGCGGAGAGAGGCUGCUUCUCUGAGGAUCCAACGAUGUAUGCGAAUGUAUAUUGCUAGAAACGCUUAUACUGAAUUGUGUUGCUCAGCUCUUUCUAUCCAAUCGGGUAUGCGAGGAAUGGCUGCUAGAGAUGAUUUGCGCUUCAGAAGGCAGACUAAAGCAGCAAUUGUAAUUCAGAGCCAAUGUCGCAAAUACUUGGCCCAGUUACAUUAUAUGGAGCUAAAGAAAGCAGCAAUUGUGACACAAUGUGCAUGGAGAGGGAGGGUUGCUCGUAAAGAACUGCGGAAACUUAAGAUGGCUGCAAGAGAAACUGGUGCCCUUCAAGCUGCUAAAAAUAAAUUGGAAAAGCAGGUGGAAGAAUUAACAUGGAGACUUCAGCUGGAGAAACGCAUGAGGGCUGAUAUAGAAGAAUCUAAAACACAAGAGAAUGCAAAACUGCAGUCUGCUUUACAAGAAAUGCAACUUCAGUUCAAAGAAACUAAAGAAAUGCUAAUAAAAGAGCGGGAGGCUGCCAAAAAGGCCAAAGAGAUUGUCCCUGUUAUAAAGGAGGUUCCUGUAGUUGAUCAAUCAAUGCUGGAUAAGCUUACUAUGGAAAAUGAGAAACUCAAGGCUCUGGUUAGUUCAUUGGAACAGAAAAUUGAUGAAACAGAGAAAAGAUUUGAAGAGACAAACAAAGUAAGCGAAGAAAGAUUGAAGCAAGCUUUGGAGGCAGAGUCGAGAAUAGUUGAACUGAAGACUGCAAUGCAUAGGCUGGAAGAAAAAUUUUCUGACAUGGAAAUUGAGAAUCAAAUUCUUCAGCAGCAAUCUUUGCUUCAGACACCUGUUAAGAAGACAUCUGAGCGGCCUCCUAUUCCAGCUACUCAGAUUUUGGAAAAUGGUCACCAUGUGAAUGAAGAGCACAAAACCAAUGAACCACAGAGUGCAACACCAGUAAAGAUGUAUGGCACAGAGUCAGAUAGCAAGUUUAGGAGAUCCCACAUUGAACGCCAACAUGAGAAUAUUGAUGCUCUUAUCAAUUGUGUCACAAAUAAUAUUGGUUAUAGUCAUGGAAAGCCUGUUGCAGCAUUUACCAUAUACAAAUGUCUUCUCCACUGGAAAUCCUUUGAAGCGGAAAGGACUAGUGUGUUUGAUCGUCUAAUUCAAAUGAUUGGUUCUGCAAUUGAGAAUGAAGAUAACAAUGAUCAUAUGGCUUACUGGUUGUCAAACACAUCGACUUUAUUGUUUUUGCUGCAACGAAGUCUGAAGACAGUUGGUUCUAAUGGUGCAACUCCAAAUAGGAAGCCAUCCUCUGCAGCAUCCUUGUUUGGGAGGAUGACCAUGGGAUUUCGUUCUCCCUCCUCUUCCAAUCUUGCUGCUGCACUAUCGGUAGUGCGCCAAGUAGAGGCAAAAUACCCAGCUUUGCUCUUCAAGCAACAGCUUGCAGCAUAUGUGGAGAAAAUAUAUGGAAUUAUUCGAGACAACUUGAAGAAGGAGCUAUCAUCUUUGCUUUCACUAUGCAUCCAGGCCCCUAGAACAUCUAAAGGAGGUAUGCUAAGAUCUGGGCGUUCCUUCAGUAAAGAUUCUCCUGCAAGUCAUUGGCAGAGCAUAAUUGAUAGUCUCAACAUUCUCCUCAGCACAUUGAAGCAAAAUUUUGUGCCUCCAGUUCUUAUCCAGAAGAUCUAUACUCAAACUUUCUCAUACAUCAAUGUCCAGUUAUUCAAUAGUCUUCUCCUGCGCCGUGAGUGCUGUACAUUUAGCAAUGGUGAAUAUGUAAAGGCUGGAUUAGCUGAGCUAGAGCUGUGGUGUUGUCAAGCAAAAGAAGAGUAUGCUGGCUCAUCUUGGGAUGAACUAAAGCACAUAAGGCAGGCUGUCGGGUUUUUGGUUAUACACCAGAAGUAUAGAAUAUCCUAUGAUGAAAUCACUAAUGAUCUCUGCCCUGUCCUGAGCGUGCAGCAGUUGUACCGAAUCUGUACACUGUACUGGGACGACAACUAUAACACUCGAAGUGUGUCUUCUGGUGUCAUUUCCAGCAUGAGGGUGCUUAUGACAGAAGACUCCAACGAUGCUGUCAGCAGUUCCUUUUUGUUGGAUGACAAUUCUGGCAUCCCAUUCUCUGUUGAUGACCUUUCUAAUUCACUGCAAGAGAAAGAUUUUAUGGAUGUUGAACCAGCAGAGGAACUACUUGAGAAUCCGGCCUUCCAAUUUUUAAACGAGUAAGGCUAUGAAAGCUCAAGCUUCUCAUCCUUUUUGUCUGAAGUAGGCAGUGAUUAAUCUCCCUGUUCAGGGAUAUCAAAGGUUGUACAUUUAAUCCUUUUUUUUUUUUUUUCCAUAUUCUUUUCUUCAUCCCUGCCCCUGUAAAAUCUUUUAUUAAUUUAUUAUUCUUAUUUUUUUAAGAUUGAAAUCUGUGAAGUCCAUCCUUAUGAGGGGCAAAGGAAAUCUGUUUAUUGUUUUCUGCA